GGUCGAUCGGAAGCACAUGAAAAUGAACGGAUAAAAUCGUCUGCAUAUUGAGAAAUCCUCUGCAUCUCGAUACAAAUAUAUCGAUUAUCCACCAAUUGGACAAAGCAACCAUGCCUAAUUCCUUAGACACUCAAGGCAAAGUUUGUGUCCCAUCUGUACGCCUUUAUCUGCGCUGUUUAAUAACAUUAUUGGACAGGAGCGGACAAAAAAAUAUUGCUCAAAUCCUUGGUCGUUUCGAGCUAAGCUGUUUUUGGUAUACAGCAUGUGUUAAGACACAUAGACGCCAUGCCUUCUUUCUAUUUGUUCAUUACAUACUUGAUCCAUAUCAUCGAAGACGAGGGGCGAAGAAGAGCAGCCCCAAGGGCGACUGCAGUUUGCAUUUAUAAUAUGAAGUCUCUCAUCUGCUCAUUCUUCAUCUCAUUUGUGUUUUUUUUUUAGAAUUGUGCAAUCGCGUUCAAACAAGAAUGACAUUACAAUUGCAUGUUCUUAUCGUGGGUGCGGGUAUUGGUGGAUUGAUGCUUGCAGUCCUUUUAGAACGCGCUAAUAUCUCCUAUGAGAUAUUUGAAAAAACGCAAGAGUUAAGGCCAUUGGGCUCUGCAUUCUCACUUCACAGCAGUCUGAUGGUGCUAUUUGAGCAGCUGGGCAUGUAUGAUGAACUUCUGUCAAUUUCGAAGCCCUUUGGCGCAUUGCAUCUCCGAAAAGAAGACCUAUCACUGAUCGGAAGCCUUCUUGCACGUGCCCCAGGCAUAGAUUGUGCGGAGCAUUAUGGUGACUACAAUCGCGUAGUGGGACGGCCCGAACUUGUUAAUAUGCUUUUGAAGUGCAUUCCUUCUCACAAGAUUCAUUAUCAAAAGCGGGGACUAUCGGUCACACAAGAUGAAGGCAGCGUCACCUUAUAUUGCUCUGACAACACGAUAUAUUCGGGUAGUAUACUCGUUGGCGCUGAUGGUGCCUACAGCAACAUUCGGCAAAGUCUUUACAAGGAGUUUAUUAACUAUGGACUUCAUCUACCUAAAGCAGACUUAAUGCCUAUGAGCUACGGCUAUGACUGUUUAGUUGGCAUCACACAUCCAUUGGAUCCAGGGGUUUAUUCCAUUUUGAAGGAAAAGUAUUGUGAGUUCGAGAUUUUACUUUCUAACAGUACACCGUAUACGUGGUGGUUUAUACCUUUAGUGGAAGAUAGAUUCGCAUGGAUGGUGACUCAAGACAUCCAGAUGGAGAGUGUAAAGGAAAGCAGGACACCGGAUUGGACAGCAGACACUGCAGCCGAAAUGUGCGAUCGCGUUCGUCAUUUUCCUUGCCCAUACGGAGGUACUCUGGGGGAUAUUAUUGAUAAGACCCCAAAUAUAUCGAAGGUUAUAUUAGAGGAUAAGUACUUUUCUACGUGGUAUAAUGGCAGGACAGUUCUUAUUGGUGAUGCAUGUCACAAGAUGGUGCCUUUUGGAGGACAAGGCGCCAACAUGGCUAUCUUAGGAGCACUUCAUCUUGCAAAUCUUCUUUAUGAUAUUCAUUCGGAUUCUCAAGAAGAAAUCACUCGGAUUUUCAAAGAAUACUGUGAUUUGCGACGGGAGAGCGCUAAAAACGCUGUCGAUGGGUCAAGCAAGACAGGGUUGUUUCUUCAUGGCAAGGUAUGGAAGACAUGUUUAAAAUAGGGGUUGAUGGCUGGGCUGAUACGAUACGCGUUCUUGAAUUGGGUCCCCAACUGGCUUAUUAAAAUAGGGAGUGAUAAAAUGAACGCGCGGCGAGACCAAAUUAGCUUUUUGCCUUUUGUUAAGAUGCGUGGAUCAUUUACUGGGAGCCAAGUAAAUACUCCAUCACCAAGGAGAAUGGAUCUUGAAGGUGAAGGCAGCUUUAUCCCAGAUGUUUUGUAAAGAAUAAUAAAGCACUC